AUGAAGAAACUUAAUUAAAGAAAAAAUUUAGGCUUUGAAUAGUUUGUAUUAGAAAAUUUUAUGGUUCCAAGAAUAGAAUAUGUUCAACCUGAAUAGUUGUAAAGGGUUUUAAUUGCAAGAAUGUUAUUAGAUCUUAAUGAAAUCACGUAUACUUUAAUGAAUGGAAAGAGCAUUGAUAAAAUGAAAAAGUAUAAGCAAUUUUAUCAAAAAUAUCAAAUUUCGAAUUCAGUUAUGGAAUUGUGGUUAAAAUGGGCUAUCUUAAAAAAUAAAUAGUUAAAAUAAAAAUCAUUGAAGAAACAGUUGUAUUAUUUUGAAUAAAUAAUACUACCUUAGCUCUAAUCUUUUAAAAAUACUUUAAUAAGACUGAAAUUCUUAGUAUUUUAGGCUUAUUAAACUUAUUUGAUGGGAGAAGAAUAAUAAUCAAUUCAUUUUUUAAUGAAUGUAAAACAUGAAUAUUAUACUAUGUAUAAUUUAAAAUCCUUUGUUACUGAGAUGCAUUUGUUAAACACUCAAGAAAAUGUUGUAUAUUUGUCUCCAAAAAUGAUUGAUUCAGCUAAAGCAUGUGCAAAUAUGCCUAAAGAGGAUUUCUUUUAAUUUAUAUAUUUUGAAAUAAAGUUGCUAUAUCCAAUCAGUAAAGGUAUAGCUCCAAGCUUAGCUGAAAAUUUAUUUAAUGAGAUUUAAAUAUUACUUUAGAUGUCUUAAUAAUUUUAUAAGAAAUCUUAAUAAUCAGCAGAUUAAUAGUUAGCUAAGAAAUAUGAGCAAGUAUUAGAAAUGUUGGAUAAAUAUUAUGAAAAAUUAGGAAAGAAUUUAUUUAAAAGAAAAAUAUUUAGAUUUGAUUCUAAACCACGUCAUAAAGUAGCCAGAUCAUUAAUAAGUUUUUUAUCUUCAGAAGAAAAUCUAAAAUAAUCAUCUACUUUUAAAAGAGAUACUCAUUAUGAAUCAAUAUCUAGCUUAUAUAAUGCUUAACAAAUUUAAUAAAUUUAAUUAGAUUUAACAAAAUAAUCUGAGAGAGUAGCUAAAUCUACAUUUCAUAGUAGAUAAGCAUCAAUAAGUAGACCACCUAGUUAAUUUUAACCUGAAUCUAUACUAAGUAAGGAAAUGUGGUUGGAAGUGGAUAAUUAUAAAAUUAAAUCUUUUUAAAAGAGAAAGCCAUUACAUUAAAAGCCUUCUGUUGGAAAAAUAUAUAAGAAUAUAAUAACAUCUGUUCCAAUUACAAAAAGACAGAGUAAAUAAGAAGAGUUUUCACCAUUUAGAAAAUAAGAAAUAAUAUAAGAAGUAGUAGAUAGUAAAUUAACAUCAAAAGAGCCAACAAAAUUUAUGUCUUAAGCUUUGGUAGUCUAAAAACCAAAAAUUAGUAUAAUGAGUUUAGUUGUUCUUUUUAAUUUAAGAUAUUUUCAUUUAGAAUCUCCUGGAGGUAAAAAAUUACCAAAAUUGAUAACUAAACACUUUUUGAAAAUAUUAACAUAUGUUGAUGAUCCUCCAUAUUAAAUUGUUAGUGAUAGAUAACUUUAAAUGAAAGAAUUAAUUAGAAAAACUAAAAGAAGAUCUAAGUUUAUCAGACAAAAUUCUACUGCUAUAAAACCUAGAUUAGGAUUAAAAUCAUAAUUCGUUUAGCUAAAAGCAAAUUUUAGUGAUAGAGUUAGAUAAAAUAUUAAUAAAAUAAAAGCUUUGAUAAGAAUGGGAGUAUUUAGAAAGAAACGUUAAUUAGAGAAAUAAUAAACAAUACUUGGUCCUGUUUAAUCUAAACCUCAAUCUAUAACAAAUUUUUUAGAUUUCAAUAGAUUUAAGACAGCUCCUGAUAUGGUUGGUAAUUAAAUUGAAAAAUAAUCAAAUGCUCAAAGUUAACCUACACCUAGAGGAAAUUUUGAAGAUAAAAAAGAAUAAUCUAUGAAAGAUAUAAUUAAAGGAAAAGGGUUUGGUUUUUUUAAAGCUAUAUGUUUAGCUAAAAGAUUAAGUCUUGUAAAUUAUAAUACAGAAGAUAUCACUUAUCUUUAAGAAAAAUAUGGAACUUUAUAACAAGUUAAAUAAUAACAUUUAUAUUAUCCAACAUUAAAAUAUAAAAUUAUUUUUUAGAAUAAAAUUCAAAUUUGGAAAAUUAAAUACAAAGAUUUAACAGCAGAUAAAAAUUUCAUUGUGUUAUAUGCAUCAUAAGAAGGAAAUUCUUAUAAUUUUUAUAGAUUUGAUCUUCCAGUAGUAUAAAAAGGAAGAGAAAAAAAUGUAACUACAAUAUGGCCUACAGUAGCUGAAGCAUUAAGAGAAUUAGAUAAAUUUAAAUAAUAUUCUUAUAUCUUUAAUUUUGACCUUUCAAACAAUAUAAAAAAAGAUAGGCAUUCAUUUAUAUCAGGUCUUACUUAAAGAGCAAAAGUAAAGAUUACUUCUGAAGAUAUCAAUAGUUGUGCUUAUGUUUAAAGUUAUCUUUGCUAAUUUCAUUAAUCAUAAAUUAGUAAAGUAAAAAAGAUUUGUGGUUAUGCAUAUGAAAUCCUACCUAAUAUUAAUUAUGCUACAGUCAAAUAUAUAAAUAUGACAUUAAUAAAUAAAAUUAUUUCAUAUGAAUAUCAUAUUAAAAGAAUUGCUUAGAUUCAUUUUCAUAAUAAACAAUUAAAUAUCAUUGAUAAUAUAACUGAUAAAGAAUUAUAGGAAUAUUUAGCAAAUAAACAAAAAAUUAAAAAUAGUAUCUUAUUAUUUAGGUUCAUUUCCAGUUCUAGAUCAUUUAUGAUAGAUGGAGGUCCAUCAGUCAAUCUCAAAGGAUAUUCAUAAAAGAUAUUUUCAACAGUAAUCAAAUUAUCCAAAGAUAUGUAUAAAUCAGAUUUUAAAAGAUGCUUUUAGAAAUUUGUACUUCUAACAUUAGAAAUAGAAAUAACAAGAGACUUAAAAUAUCAUUUAAAUGAUUUACUUAGUCCAGAAGGUAAAAAAAGCUAACCUUUUAGUAUACCUUAAGUUUAUGGAGCUCAAAUAAACAAAUAAUAUUUUGAAUUAAAAGUUACUUCAACCUUAUUUAAUAAAGAGAAAGUGGUUGAUAAUAUGAAAAGUAACUUAUUUAUAGAACCUUAUUCUCUAUAAAUAUAAUUAUUUCAUUAAUUAUUAGAAUAUCUUGAGAAAGAUCCAUAAUAAUUAUAAAAUAUUAGAUUCGAAUAAUUAAUCCAUAAUUUACUUUUCUAAUCAGAUUAUUCAUAAAUCUAAAAAGAAUUAUUAAGCUUAUUUUUGUUUACUUAUUUUGAUAUUGAUAUUAUUCAAAAUAAAGUAAUCUUAAAGAAUGAUAAUUAAUUAAAAACUAAAAAAAUGUCUUUAAAAUUGAUGUAAAAAGAGGAGAAAACUAUUUAACUAUAUGCUAUAUCUCCAAUUGAGUAAUAGUUUGUAAAACAUACAAAAAUCAUUAAUGAAAAGGAAUAAAAUUUAGAACAAAUGUUUAAAAUCAACAUUAUUACUUAAAUUUAAUAAUAUGAUGAUAUAUAUUAAGGAAAAUAAAUUAUUGAAGAACCUGAUUUUAUGGCCAAUAAUUAAGAAAUACUUUAAGCAAUAAAUAUGAUAAAGUAAAUUCCGCUUUAUAGAAUUUAUAAAAAAGGUAGUUUAAAAUAAUUUUCAAAAAAUAACUAAAAUUUGAAUUAUAAAAUUGAAGAAUUUUUAAUUCGAGAUAGUAAAACUCCUAUUUUUAUUUAAUAAUCAAACUAUGUCAAUUGUUAAUUGCCUUCAGCUAUAAAAUUAAAAACUUUAAUUUUGAGUAAACAUAAAGAUCUUACAAAUCAUUUUAAUUCUAAUCAUUAUAGAUUUUUUAUAAAUCGAAAUCAGUAGUUCAUUGUACAUACAUCUGUUUAUUACAGUUUUAAUAAAAAAUUAGAUAAUUUUAAUUUUGAUUAGAAAGGAAAUGAACGAAUAUAUUAUUUUGAUGGGGAAUAGCUUUAUGUAAAUUUAUAAUUAGAAUUGUUAUCAUCUAGAACAUCUUCAUUUAAAAUGAUUUUUUCUCAUCAAGAUUUGAUAGAGUUAUUCAAAAUUAACAUUGAACAGCAUUAAUAAAUUUACUAUUUCGAUGAUAAAUUUAUUUAAAAGAUGACUAUGAUUAUUUUAAAUAAUACCUAUACAGAAAGAAAAUUUAGAUAUUAAUUACCUACAUUUCUUCAUAGAUAUUUUUUAUCAAAAAAGACUAAAUAAACAUUCAUUGAAUAUUAAAGAAGCAUAUCUAUAAGUGGAGAUUCACCUAAAUCUCCUAAAGGAAAUAUUAUUUAAAUAAAUAACUUAAAUUUAUUGGAACGACAUAGUAACUGUUAAUUUGUUAAAUUAUUUUAUGAUUCAAAAGAAUAAGUUGCUAAAAAUUAUUGUGAAACAUAUUUAAAAGAAGCUAGAGUAAUUGGACACUUUAUAAAAAAAUUCUAGGUUGGAAUUAAAAAUACUUAAUUAAGUACUUUCAAAAAUGGUCCAAUAGAAUAUGGUAUUGUUACAGUUUAUAGCCAUUUAAUUAUAGAUGUUUGGAUUGUUUAAAUUUAUGUUCCAAAAACAAGUAGAUAUCUGCUUGGAACUAUUAAUUUUCUAGAUUUAGCCAGUUUGGAGACUUAAGAAAUGUUUUCUAUUUUAUUUGAAUAAACAAAAAUGUAAAGGAAAUCUGUUUAUUUAAGAAAAUUUACAACAAAUAAAUUAAUUAUGAACAAGUAAUAAACUUUUAUAAAUCUCCAUAAAUUUUUUGAGUUUACUAGAGAACUUAAUAAUAGUUUAAAUAAAAGAUUAAUCUUUUAAUAAUUAUUAUAAAAUUAAAGUAAGAUGAAUAUAAGGACUGAUAAAGUGAGGGUGGAAUUGAAUAUUUGGACUUAAUUAAUAAAGUUAUUAAAAUUAAGUUUAAAAGAUCCUUUCAAUAUAAGAAUUGAAAGUGAAGAAUAAAAUAAGAAUUAUUUAGAAAAAAGUCUAAUAGAAUAGCUUGAAUAAGAUACAAAUGCUACUGUUAAUUCUUUUAAAUAGAUAGGUAAGAAUUAUAUUUAGAAAAAGAAGAAUGAAUCAAUGGAAAAUCAAGAACUUUUAAAUCAUUUUAAAAGUUUAUCUAGUAAUUAUUAAGCUUUACUAAAGGAUAAAUAAGUUAUUACUCUAAAAUCUUAGUUUUAAAGUGGUUCUUAAAUUUGUUUAGAUUUUGGAUUUAAAGCAAAUCUAAAAGAAUUUAUACAUAAGAUGCAACUCAAAAUAGAUAAGAUUGGACUUUAUACAAUUCAAUUCUUUUUAGAUUAUAUGAGUUUAGAUAUAGGAAGAGAUAAUCCUUUUAUUGCUUUUGAAUCUAUUAAUUAUGCUAAUUCUUCAAUGUUUAAUUUAUCAAUUAGAGUGCUUGGUUUUUAGAGUGAAUCUCCAAUAUUUUAUUGUUAAAAAUAAAUAAACUUGAGAGAGAUUUUGAAUUUAUUCAUAGCAGAUGGUUAUUUUAAAUAUUAAACAAAUUAUAUGAAUGCAAAAUUAUCUUUAAGUGAUUUAAAAUAAAUAUGUGAAUAUAUUGGAUUUAAAAUAAAAUCACAAAACUUUUUAGGUUUAGCAAAUUAAUAAAAAUAUAUAAAUAACAAUCCAAUAUUUUUAGAAGAAACAAAAUAAGAAUAAGAAAAUACAGAUGGGAUGGUAUUUAUGGCUUAUAAAAAAAGGUCACUAAUAAUUUUAUAAUUAUUCUAAGAACAUCAAAAAGUUCAUAUAAAUUAUCAAUAAAUAAAGGGGAAAAUAGAAUUAAAACAAACAAAAUUGUAUUUUAGUGAAAUAGAAGAUAAAUGUCCUCAUUUUAGUUAGUUUGUGAAUAAUGGAUUAUAGAGACAAGCUUUAUAAAGACUUAUGUCUACUUUAUGA